UUUCGCUUUCUCCAGAGUGCAUGCUGUAAAUUUCGAUUCUGCUGAUUGCUCCGCUCGGUCAGCUGGUACUGUAAGCAUUAUACUUAAUACAUGGGGCGGCUGUACAUCGCUUUCGGGUUCCAACAUGGCUAAACAGACGCUUUCUCGUUUGGGACGGUGGUGUUCUCGUAUGUUCGCGGUGGAGUGUGACCCUAGCUCCGACUCUGUUUAUUUCGCCUUGACUAAAACGCCUCACACCAGGCAGGGCAGCGAGCGACAGGAGUUUGAAAAAAUAUUUGGGAGAGCGAAAAGUUUCUCUCUCCACGUCUGCACCGAGGAUAGAAUCCAAAGAGCAAAGUUUUAUGAAGAUAUUAAAUGUAACACAAUCCCAGGAUUUUCACAGGGCUGCAGAGUUUUCGACGUGUUUUCUUUUCAUCCCGACGUGAAAAACUCGGCGCUCAGAGGGUUUCUAGUCAGAGGCGUAGCCGACAUCCAGGACACAGGACUGUUUGAGGAACUUGUUCGGAAUCCCGGGCUCAAUGUGUGCACCUACGUCCUGGAGGAAGAGACCCAACAGUGGUGGCAGCAUUUGUGGUCCAAGGCAGAGGACGGUAGGAUGGUGGUGGUCGACAAAUACUGCCUUGUACCUGCAGAAAAGCCGGAGCAUCACCCAUCAACGCUGAAUAUAAUAAACUCUGAUGUGUUUUACAAAUUUGGGGAUGCUUGUAAAGUUCUGAGGGAGUGCAGCAAAUUCAUACCCGAAUCAAAGGAGCUGCUGGAACUGGUGGACCAGGGUUUGCCGCUGAAGAGGGACGGGCGUUUUCCAGUUGUCGUUAUAGAGGGGCUGGAUGCAACAGGAAAGACCACGCUGACACACUCCCUGACAGACACGCUGAAUGCAACUCUUCUGCAAUCCCCUCCACAGUGUCUGUCUCCAUGGAGACCGCGCUUCGACUCCGAGCCCGCCCUUCUCCGCCGGGCGUUCUACGCUUUGGGGAAUUACAUCACUGCUGGCCAGAUCAACAGAGCAAGCGCACAUGCUCCUGUUAUAGUGGACAGGUACUGGCAUAGCACCGCCGCCUACGGAAUCGCCACAGCAGUGAGUGGGAGAGUGGACAACUUGCCCAGCCCCGGGUCCGAGGUGUACCGCUGGCCUGUUGACCUGCUGCGACCAGACCUGGUCCUGCUGCUGACCGUCAGUCCAGAGGAGCGAAUAAGGAGGCUUCGUUUCAGAGGGGCAGAGAAAACCAGGGAGGAAGCGGAGCUGGAGGCCAAUGACCGGUUCCGCAACAAAGUGGAACAAGCUUACAAGAGGAUUGAAGACCCGGCGUGUGUUGUGGUAGAUGCCAGUCCUCCUCCAGACCAAGUGCUUCAACAAGUGCUGCAUUUAAUUAAAAACAAAUGCCACUUAUAAACCAGCUCUCACUAGCACUCAACAGAGGGCCAAUACAUCUCCUUACCACUAGAUGGCACUGCAGUGCUGUUAUAGGGAUCCUGUCCAUUUACCCAGACAGCCCAGACUUUAUGAACGUCCA